GAGGUCACGUUACGUAUUCCACGUCACGGAAGUCACAGACAUGAUCCAUUUGCUCCCCAAACCGAGCGGAAAACUCGGGGUUUCGGCCUUGUAAUGUUUUGGUACUUCACGGGAUACAGACUCGGGACUGCGUUGGUCUAAAAAAGAGCCGAACUCUCUCGAGCUCGGAGGCGCUGGGUCAGUGGGCGAGCCUGCUGCUCGGUUUGCAGGCUAGCCCGCUAGUUCAGUAGCCGCAGCUGCCUUGGCGACGAGCUGAGUAACUAAUCUAGAGACAGCCAUCGAGGCAGCCCGCAGUUAUUUCACUUUUCGCUCCCCUUUUAUUGCAUAGCCAUGGCAACUCGGCGACUGACCGAUGCCUUCUUAUUAAUGCGGAACAAUGCAAUCCAAAACCGGCAGAUUUUGGCUGAGCAAGUGAGUACAUACGACCCCCGUCGUACUCUGAAUACACGUAGCAAUGCUGCGGAGUUUGAUGAGUUGGCAGAUGACCGUAUGGCCCUGGUGUCGGGUAUUAGUUUGGAUCCAGAGGCUGCUAUCGGUGUCACAAAGAGACUCCCGCCUAAAUGGGUGGAGGGAGUGGAUGAGAUUCAGUAUGAAAUCACACGUAUUCGUCAAAAGAUGAAGGAGCUGGCCAGUCUGCACGAUAAACACAUGAACCGGCCCACGCUGGAUGACAGCAGUGAAGAGGAGCAUGCCAUCGAGAUCACUACACAGGAAAUCACACAGAUGUUUCACAGGUGCCAGCGGGCCGUGACGGGACUGCAGACUCAGAGUUAUCACUGUACAGAGCAAGAGAACAGGCUGUUGACUAAUGUGGUCUCCUCAUUGGCUCAGAGCCUUCAAGAGCUGUCGCUCAACUUCAGACACACCCAGUCCGGAUACCUGAAGCGUAUGAAGAACCGUGAAGAAAGAUCCAAGCACUUUUUUGACUCCGGUCCACUUGUGGAGGAGGAUGAAGAUAUCGCACUAUAUGACAGAGGAUUUACAGAUGACCAACUCGUGCUGGUUCAACAGAACACGGUGAUGGUGGAGGAGCGGGAGAGAGAAAUUCGACAAAUUGUUCAAUCCAUUUCUGACCUUAACGAGAUCUUCAGAGAUCUUGCCGGAAUGGUUGUUGAACAGGGUACAGUCCUUGACAGAAUCGACUUCAAUGUGGAACAGUCUUGUGUGAAAACAGAGGAGGGACUCCAGCAGUUACAAAAGGCUGAACAGUAUCAGAAGAAGAACCGCAAGAUGUUGGUCAUUUUAAUUCUCUUCGUCAUAGUUGUCGUUCUAAUACUUAUUCUGUUCGGGACCAAGUUUAGUUGAAUCAUUCCAUGGCCUCUAGGAGGGAUUUACCAGUAUGGAUGAGAAAACGGAUGUAUUUGUGUGCGCGAGUGUGUAUGUUAGACCAUUAUUUAAGUGUGGAAUAUUCCUCAAACAGAAGGUGCUUCUAUUUGAAACGCUACACCACAAGAUGAAGCCUGUAAGGACUCCCCCUGCUGGCCCCCUGAGUGGAGCGUCUUUAAUCGAUGAUCAUGUGUUUAAUUCUACAGCGAGAGGCAGUGUUAGCCCUCAGGAUCCUUUCAGAGGACCUUUUUUUUCCUCCAAACACAAGCACAUCAUUUCAGAGAGGGGUUGCGAAACGGCAGCAUGUUUAUCUCAGCCACUUAUGUCAUCUCAUUUGAAGAGUAAACAGGAAGCUGAUGAGGGAAGAUAAGAAGAUCUCUCCUGCAAGAUCAUCAUAUUGGCUUGGGUAAAUCUCUUCAAAAGAAUAUCCAGGUCAUGUUUCAUAUGAAAUGUUGUUUCAUAUUCAAACAUGCAUAUAAUCAGAUUAACAAGUAUAAACAUAUUUAUUUUAACUGGAAAAGACCAAUUGAAAAUUGUUGGAUUGUAUGGGUUUGUUAGGUAUGUGUUUGAGUAAAACAUUAAUAUUUACUUUAUUAUAGACGUUUUAUAUUGAUGUAUUGUCAUUUAGAGGAAAUUUAAAGUUCAUUUUCAGGAAAUUGGCUAAAAUGACAGAUGUUUUCAUUUGUUGUUGUAAACAAAUGGAAACAUCUGCCAUCGUUUAGCUAGUUUGUGGUUCACAUCGUCGUUUUUCCUUAUGAACCCUGGUACGUUUGCAUCUAGCAAAGCGCCAAAUGGGGAUGUUUGCAUAUCACGGUCGUUUUGCUUUUACUUAAUCAUUUGGUUUUGUUAUCAAAUCCAAAAUACAGCAACUUGCAUCUAUCUGCCGCAAAAAGUAUUAAAAACAUUGAGAACAUCACGCAGUUUCUGCAGAAGUGGAGACAAAGACAUUAUCACUGUUUGCACUGGAUCACUCUUGCUUGUCACCAAGGUAGGUGAUACACAGAUAAACACACAAGAAUGAACAUUAUGAAAACUAGGGAUUGUUGUACAGAUGGCGGUUCAGUUCCGUUAUUUGAUCAGAAGUGAACCGUUUCCCAGACCACCUCUUUCAGGGUGCUUCCACAAUAGCGCUUUUGGUUCGCAUCCUUUGACGUCAGAGUAUGGUACAUUUAGCUAUUGUGAACGCUUUCUUCUGAACUCAGAUGCUCACCCGUGAACCGUACCUGAAUCCUCCUGAAAGAGGUGGUCUGGGGUACGGUUUGUGCGAACUCUGGUACAGUUCACUUCUGAUGUGAAUGCAAAUGUACCAAAUAACGAAAGUGAACCGCCAACUGUACUACAAACUUUAGUUUUUAUAAUGUUCAUUCUUGUGUGUUUUUGUUUGUGUAUCACCUAACUUGGCGACCAGCAGGACUGACCCAGGGCAAACAGUGAUAAUGUCUGCUUGUCUCCUCCAAAAACGACUUCUGCAGACAUCACGUCAUGUUCUGCAUGUUUUUUACAGCAGCAGCAGAUAGAUGCAAGUCGCUCUCUUUGUAUUUUGGUUUUGGUAAAAACAAAACAACAGUGAUAUGCGGACGUCUCCAUUUUUGGUGCUUUGCUUUCAUGGCCAUCACUUAGCUGUAUAUAGUCACAACUCCAGCUUGAUGGCACAAGCAUACCAGAGUUCAGAAGGAAAAAAGACUGAAUGUAAACCAGCCCAGGGGGGACUAUCGAACUUUGGUUUGGACCAGGCAUUCAGAUCAAGUGUGAAAGCACCAUCAGGCGGACUCAGGUACAGUUCACGGGUGCACACCCAAGAUUAGAAGACAACGUUCACACUAGCUAAACGUGCCAUACUCUCACGACAAACAACCCCAGGUGUGGACCAAAAUUGCUAGUGUGAAAACACCCUAAAUUAACAAAAAGCAAGGAAUAUCAUCUGUACUCUAAAUAAAAAAUGCAGGGUUCCACAGUUCCUUCAUGUUGUCCCAACACAAAUCAAUUAGCUUAUUCGUUUCUACAAAUUUAAAUGGAUUGAAAAAAAAACUAUAAGCAUAUUCGAGAAAAACUCGAAUUGUUGAUUCAGCUGAUUUUAAAUAUAUUUAAACAAGCAGCAGAAAUAAUCUGAGUGUAGUUUACAGAAUAAAAGAAAGCUGAUGUUUUACUCAAGCACAUAACAGUACAUUUUCAUAUUUCCUAUAUACAAUUUAAAUGAUGUUUAAUCAUUUCCCAUCUCGAUUGGCAUUAUAAAAUUUAGCAAUAAUAAAAAGGUUGCAGUUUUACAGUAUUUUGUACUGUAUAACCAUGAUACAAAUUUGAUUGGACUCAUAUUAGGACAAGUUAACGAGACAUUAGUAGGCAUUAAGUUCAAUUGGCAUUUAAAUAAAUGCACAACGGAGACUCUAGUAUAAAUGUGUCUUUGAAGGUUGUUCAAUUAACAUGUUUUCAACAGAUUCUCCAACAUACUUGGCUUCAGUUAGUGUCAUUUUUGCAUUUUUCUAUUGCAUUUUGCAUUGGAAAGCUGUCUUUCAAUCAGACUGUGGUUAUUUAUAAGGAUGUGUGUGUGAUUUGAGCCCAAGACGAUGUCACAGAAUGAUUUUCCACAUGUGUGUAUGUCUGUGUGUGCAUGAAAGAAAGUGAAGCACUGACACUCCAAAAAGCCAUUGAGGAAGUUAAAGACUGAGGAUCACCUAUUCAAACCAUAGUCUUUUUCCUAACAGUUGUUUUCUAUGUGGUGAAAUGUAUAGCGUUGGGAUUCUGACAGCAGGUAUUGAAUGAACUGAAUGUUACAGUGUGUCUGCAUUUAAUGGCAGUGUUGUCAUGAUAUCAGUAUCAUUUCAGUCAGGAGUUUUGCUUUAUUCCUUGCCUUAAAGAGUGGACAUCUGUGCGCUAAUCCUGGAUGUUGUUUUUUUUUUUUUUUUAAAGCUUUGCUCGUCCAUGUUUCAUUGAUUAUUGUUGUCACUACCGUAUCAGUCUGAGCUUUAAACUGAACUUUGAUCGUCGUUCUCGGACUGAAGCUCAGUCACCUCUCUGCUGACUGACUGUACGACUACUGUUCCCUGUACAAGAUGAAAUUAUUUAUUUUAGUUGCACAUAUGUGUACAGUUUAUGGAGUUCUGUUGUCGUCUGUUAGUAGCCGUGUCUAAAGCCUACAGGUUGUCUUUUCUGUUUUUUGUGUAUUGCAUUUUUUCAGUCCUCUCAAAAAUCAAUUCUUGUUGGUUUUUGUGAAGGGUGUUUGCACCACUACUGUAUGACGGGGGUAAAAUGAUGCAGACGUUGACCAUGUUAUUUUAUAAAUCCAGAGAGAGUUUAUUCUUGUGUUAUUUUAGAAGAUGGUGUAACUGCACAUUCAAGGCUUAAACCCAUUUCAUGUGGUUUUCUUCAUGGUUUUGGCGUGAAAUCCAGUGUGAAAUUUCUAAUAUUUUUCUGCCAUUACGGUACUACUGUAUGCUAUUUGACCCUUCUGUUAAAGCUGACCAGGUUUUUAAUGAAAUUAAAACAAAUAUAUAUAUAUAAAGG